CCCAUAGCCACCCUCAUCAUCCCCUCGUACACACACUCAUUCUCUUCCCCCCCCCCACCUCCUCCCCCUCAAUUCAAUAUUCAAUACUACCUAUACUAUACACAAAACCCUUCACCUAAAAUGACCCAAAACCUACAACCUGCCAAACCGCCAACCUCCAUCCCCCUCCCCGGCAAAACAAUAACCCUAACCCCCCUCGACCCCUCGCACGCUGCCCCCCUUUGGACCCAAGUCGGCGGCAGCUCACCCCAGAAAACAAAAACAUGGACCUACCUCCCCGAAGGCCCCUACCCGGAUACCGAAUACACCACCUUCCAGUCCAGUGUUGCCCAGAAAUCGAAAUCAAAGGACCCUCUCUUCUACGCGAUCAUCGACAACAAAUCCCAAGAGGUAAAGGGCUGGAUAUCUCUCAUGAGUAUUGUGCCUGAGCAUCUAAGGUGUGAGAUUGGGUGGGUUCUUUUCUCGCCGGGGUUGCAGAGGACCACUGGGGCUACCGAGGCGGCAUUUUUGUUGCUUUGGUAUGUGUUUGAGGAAUUAGGGUAUCGGCGGGUGGAGUGGAAGUGUAAUAAUUUGAAUGGGGGGAGUAAGCGUGCUGCGGUGAGACUGGGGUUUACGUUUGAGGGGGUGUUUAGGGAGCAUAUGGUUGUUAAGGGGGAGAAUCGGGAUACGGCGUGGUUUUCUUUGCUUAGAAGGGAGUGGGAGGGGGCUGUUAGGGAGGCGUUUGUGGGGUGGUUAGAUGGGACGAAUUUUGAUGAGAUGGGGAGGCAGAGGAGAGGGCUGGAGGCUAUGAGGGGGGAGGUCGCGAAGGGUAUGGAAUCGGGGCGAAGGUGAUGGUUAUAGACUUUGGGUAAUAGAGGGGAGAUGUUGGUGCUUCUAGAGGCGUCGCUGGCCAAUGCUAGUUCAGGGCUAUGAGAUGCAAUCGGUUC